GUAAGGGCCGUGUCGGUGGGGUUGCGAUGUGGGAGGAGAACGAGACUACCAGUUUCGAGCAGUUUCUCUUCGGUCAGAGUAUUACUCGCUGCUCCAGCAGCAUGGUAACGCCUGCUACGUCCAGAAUCGCGUUUUUAUUUCAAAACUUUCAUUCAAAUAUCUAAUGUAAGAUAAAUAUUUUUUCGAAAUACGUGUAUAAACGCGACUUAACAAAACUUACGGAUAAUAAGUGGAAAAAGAAAACAUUGAAAGAAGAAGAAGAAGAAGAAGAGGAGGAAUAGAAAAGGAGGAGGAGGAAGAGGAGGAGGAGGUAGGAGAAACAAGGAUAAUAUAGUAACAGAAUAAGAAGAUAUAGUUCGAGUGAAAAUAAAGAAUAAGGAAAAGAGGAAAAAAGGGAAAAAAGGGAAGGAAGGAAGGAAGAUCAGGGAAAAAAAGUGAGCGAGCGCGCGGGCGCGCUCCCUCAGCCGACGACAUAAGGUGCCGGUCUCGGGGUAGAGGGCGAGGGUGGCUCGUAGCAGAAGCAAGAAGCAGAGGAAGAGGAAGAGGAAGAAGUGGGGGAGGGGACGGGCGAAGGGAAAGGAUGUCGAUGCGCCAGCGGUGCUCGGUUUCGGGGGUUGACUCGCGCCGCGGGGGCGAUGAGCGCACUUCCCUCCGCCCUGAGACUUCCAAUCCGCUUCUCCUGCCGUUCCUGGCUCCUGCUGCUUGUCUGCAGCAUCGUCUUCCUGAUAUCAAACCUGAUUACCUUUACCACCGCCGAUCAUUUACAAUCGAGGAAUUUACAUCCUCGAAUCUAUCGAAGGCAGGUGCAAGGUGAUGGCGUGCAACGAUCAUCGAGCUACCUCGAAAACAAUGUCGCUGUAUACGAGGACGGCGAAACACUCGACGACCUGGACGACGAUUAUUUUGAGACGAAUAUUACAGCAGAAAAAGGUCAAUACCUGGGCUCGCCGUGCGAACUUACGUGCAAUCCAAACCUGCAGCAUGUGUUCUGCGAUUCCAUCACUGGCCUGUGCGAGUGUGAAAAAUUUUACCCCGUUCGUAUUGGGCCUAGCAAAGGAUGUGCCAAACCGAAAAGAAUUGGAGAACAGUGCUUCUACCGUGCGACUUGCACUUUUGCCGAUCAACACGCGACUUGCACACAGGUGCAGCACAAUGCGGUGUGCGACUGUGAACAAGGCUAUCACAGAGUCACCUUGUCCAGACCAACAAAGAAGAUCUUCUGCGCCGAAGAUCUCAUGUUGAUAACUACAGACGUACCAACACUACUCUGCAUAGCAUCUGGCAUAGCUGUAUUCACGGGUAUGAUAUGCUUCGUCCUGAAAUUGUUCAGCCGUGCGAGAUACUCAAGGCCACGACACUAUGCUAACGCGAAUCAUCCACCACCCAUGCUAUUCUCUAGCGAUACAGGUAUACCUCUGACGCUGCACGGUGGUCGGCCAUCUUCGCGUUCGAGCCAAAGAAGCGGAGGCGGCGGAUCUCUGAGCUGCGCGUUCACCAGGAGGCCUAGCAGCGGUGGUAGCCGCGGUCCUCUGGUACCGGCAUCAAGAGCAGGUGCGGCACGAGCCGCCGCCAUCUUGCUUAUAUCGUGUCACCUGCAGGCAACCAAGGGCGGGAACAAGCACCGACGUACCCUUAGUGACGUAGCUGAGGGAUCGUCCGACGGCCUCGGUUCUCGUCGACCUAGCUUAGCAUCAGUUCACAGUUCGACAUCCUCGGCCCGUAGUUACAGUGCACGUAGAUUGGAAAAAGAACGUAAUGAAAAGGAACAAAGACAGGCUCUCCAAGAGUUAAGGUUACAAAAACAACGGGAACAGCAACAACAGCAACAACAACAACAACAACAACCACAGCAUCAACAACAACAACAACAGCAACAAGUAGCCCCAACACCCAGUCCUAGGACUCCGCAUUCUACUGACGAACUUUUACCAUCUGUCGAAGAGGGUAAAGAAGUAUUUUACAACGAGCAGGUACCGACAACAUCGGAGUCACCGGAAACGAUGAAGAAGACGUUAUCGACGACUACCGCAGUGGUCAACAGCAGAAAAAUCGACGUCCCAUCUGCCACAACCCCGACAACAUCUAUCUUUGAUUCGAAUGUGGCACCACGAGCCUCCGUAGACAUUUUUCAAGUUUAGAUCGUGAUUGUGAGUCCUCGUCAUCCGUGAUUCUCUUCGUAUGAUCAAACGAAUACCCAUUUUUCCGAUCUAAUUAGAAAAUUUCAUUAUGAAACAAAAAAUUGCGAUUUAAUUUCAAAGAAAAAGAAACAAACAAGAAAUAAUAAUAAUAAAUAAUAAUAAUWAUUAUUAUAAUUAUAAUAAUAAAAAGAACAAUGUUCGUCGAGCUUUGUCUACGACCGCUCGGCUUAUUAAAAUAAUGCUUAAACAAUAACGUGAAACGGCCGUCUCCAUAAAAUGGGAUUUUGUGGUAAAAGAAGCAUACCGAUAAGACAAGUUCAAGUAGCUAGCGUUCUAUUCCGAAUUAAUAAAAAAAAAAGAAGAAGAAGAUGAUGAUAAUAUUCUUAUCAAAAUUGGAGUCUUUUAAAUGAACGCGAUUGAUACGAUUUGUCGUUUUUGCAUCGGUAUUUAUAUAUCUUUUUCUUUCUAUAUUGUUUUUAUUCGGUAUUAACGAUAUAUGAUAAUUAUAAUUAUCCAAGAGAAACAGUGUUUUCAAGAAAACAAUUAACUGAUCAGAUUACAUAUCCAUAAAGUCUAUGAAAAAAGAAAAGUAAUAAUUUUUAUGGAAUCGUUGCAUGAUUGAUUAUCGAACGACCUCAUGAGUUCUUUGGUAACCUAUACGAAACAAGAGAUGUAUAUAUAUAUAUAUAUAUAGAUAUACAUAUAUUAUAUCUUUUAUAUGUUACAUAUACAUGUUUUCGCAUACUACAUGUAUAUGUUUCAUAUAUCACACACACACACAUAAUAUGUUAUAUAUAUUAUAUAUAAAAUAUAUAUAUUUAUAUAUUUAUUUAUAUUGUAUUGAUAACAUAUUUACAAAUAUUCGAAAAUAGUAUAUCUAUAUACGAUAUAUCAACUUGUUCCGUAUGGAUAAAUCGUGAUAACAUUCACCAAUUAAAGAACAGUAAAUCGUAUCAGUUAAAACGCUUCAGCUUUACGUCGAUAAUUUAAAAGACAUAUCAAAUGAAAAAUAACAUUUGAUUGACGAACAGUAACAAAGGAAAAAUAUCUACAAGUUUAAUAUCAUUUUAUGUAAUCUUAUAAAAUCUUUCAUUGACGAAUAGAAUAUUAAACAAGGCAUUUAUUUAUUCUUUUUUCCAAAAAAAAAGAAAAAAUAAAAAGAAUCGAUAUCAAACUCAUCACCAAAAAGCACUCUCUUUUAGAUAUUUCAUUAUUUGAAAAUGAUUGGAUAAUAAUUCGUCAUCCAUAUUAGAAUAAUCAAUGCAAUAUGAUUAAUUAAUAAUUAAGAAUAAUUAUAUAAUGAAAAAGGGAUAGUUUAAUCCAUUGGUUAAAUCUUACGAUAUUAUUCACCUUAUAUUGAAACGAUUGUUAGUACUAAAAUAUUCGAUAACGAAAAUAUUGAAUAACGUUCGUUGAUCUUUCGUUUCACUUUCGUAAGUUUAUUUUGAAAUAUUUAUUAUUCGUCGAGAGAAACGUUAACGUUCAUCUAGGGAAUCGAUUCAAUAAAAAAAAAAAAAAAAGAAAGAAA